AUGCCCGUUCUUCUAUCAGUGACCUCUUCUGUCAGAGGCUCUGUGCUUCUUACCCUAUUCACGCUUGCCACAGCGCUCAUAUUCUCCUUGUACCGUGUGAUCAAGAACCGACAUAUUCCUGGUCCUUGGCCAUGCCGGAUCUCUCAUCACUAUGUUUCGCUGUUUGACCUAUUUCGACAGCGUCCUCAGACUGUGGCCAAAUGGCACCGACAAUAUGGUCCCUUUGUUCAGAUAGCACCUGGCCAGGUCUCCGUUUCUGAUGUCGUCGCCAUGCGAGAAUUGUAUGGUACAUCUGCACGGAACCCAAAGAGUGACUACUUUGAUAACUUCAUCUACCACAAUGCACGAGCAAUCUUUGCCGAGAAGGAACAUCUCGGACAUCGGCAAAAGAGAGGUCUCAUCUCAUCCUUCUUCCAGGCUACUUCCGUGUAUAUGCCGGAUAUCCAACAGCCUCUACGUGACAGGGUGUUGACCGCAACCAUGUGCAUCCAGGAAGAGAUCAACGUCAGUGGCAAUGGGAUUGUAAACAUCUUUCCCAUCACCAACCACUACGCCUGGGACAACACCACAUCCUUGAUCUUUGGGCCACGCCACUGCUCUCAUGCACUCCAAGGAGACGAAAAUGAUCGUGACCUACUAGCAAGGCUGAAGAAUAGUGAACUAUGGGGAGCCCUCAAGUACAACCUCCCUCUCAUCUUCAAUCUUCUCAAGCUGGUCAUGGCCGUCUACACCAAGUCGACGAAGUACUUCUCAGCUGAGAACGACCUCGAUACAUGGGCGAUGCAACGCCUUCGCCAGACAACUUCGGAUCCUAAAGUCUCACAAGAUGAACGUUGUGUUGUGCAAACUAUCCAGGAUCUUCGUCGCAGUGGCCGCUCCCUGUCUGACAAUUACCUGGAAAGUGAGGUUAUUGACAACUUAUACGCCGGGCAAGCCACAGUCACUGUGGCUCUCACCUAUGCUAUCUACCAUCUAAGCCGAAACCCACACUGGCAGUCGAUGGUCCAGAAAGAGCUCGAUGAUCUCCCACGAAACUCGGAUGGUCUGCCCGACUGGACUCUUUUGAGCAAGACUCCUAUCCUCGAAGCUUGCAUCCGUGAGUCAUAUCGUCUCAACCCAGUGGCCAGCGGACGAGCUGAGCGAGUCCUCGCCAAGGACUCUCGUUACGGCGACAUCUUUAUCCCGCAGAACACCGUUGUAUCUGCAUCCACCAUAGCCUUACAUCAUGAUCCCGAGGUCUGGCUCAACCCACAUGAAUUUAACCCACGACGCUGGCUAGAUGCGCCGGCCGACGAGCUUCUGAGGUUGGAACGGUCAUUUGUUCCUUUCGGUUACGGCGCGAGACUGUGUCUAGGUAAAGCCUUUGCGAACCUCCAGAUUAAGAUGUUUGUGGCCGGUAUUUAUUCUAGGUACAACACGCAACUGGAGGUACCGGGUCAAGUCAUGGACCAGUGGGGGACGCAGGACGCCCUACCCAAGGGACUUAAGUGCGGGGUUCGUUUUGAGGACAGGAAAUAA